AUGAGUCUGAGCCACGAUGUGACCGCUGUGUCCGUAGAGGUGCUUGUUGCUGGUUUCAGAAGCAGCUUCUACGAUUUCAUUCCGUGGGUGCCCACAACAGUACACGUUCCAACGAUAUCAAAGGCAAAUCCGUGGGAACAUGCUUUGGCUCUAUCGAGAUACCCUCCGAUGAUAUGCUCUCAGCAGGAGCUCUUUAGCGACAAUCCCACUGUAUACACGAACAGCUGCUCACUCUCUUCUAAGGAGUUGACAGCCGAUCGCACGAAGCACCUUCGCCUGCCAUCUAGCGACGGACGAAUACGUGAGCCGGGCCCGGUGCCUAAGAGGAGGUUUCAACUACCUUUGCAAAGUAAUGCUGCAGUUAUGACUGCGGAGCAAUUAUAUCUUGCUUAUUUUACGCGACAGAUGCUGAACAUGUUCCCGGAAAGUGUCCGUGGGGUUGCCUCUAGGAUUACAGGGCUGCCUGGCCUGCGUGAGGCUGUCAUCGCACUCUCGGCUGCCCGACUGGCAUAUAUUGAAAGUGAAUCACGGCUGUCGCCGACCACGACGGCUUUUCUCGGGAGACCUCGCCUACAGUACUUUGUCGAAGCCCUUAGCCGCUUUAACUCGGCGGUUCAGCAGAUUCGAGCCCAUACUACGGAUGUAGAGAACGAUGUCUUGAUGAUGCCCCAAUACGGCCGGACUCUUUUGCGUGCCGGUAUUUUUCUUAGGAUACGAACCUUAUUCUUGCUCGGUCCUUUCUCGUCGCUAGGCGCUGAACCUACAACAGCAGGGUAUCUUCAAGGUCUUGUCCAUGAAAUAGCGGAACCACAAGAGGCGAUGUACAUAAAUAUGACCAGGGCAGUAUCAACGGCGAGGCGCCAUAUUUUGCUGCACUGCAUGAAAACGUGGCACAUAGUAGCCAACAAGGUCUAUAACCGCUUUCAAGACGUCUUUAUCCGGUCUGCAAGAACCCCAAUCCUGCCGAGCACAACCGAGGGAAGCGAGGAUGUUUAUAUGACCCUGAAGGAGUUGAGAAAGCGCAAUCAUGUCGUUUUUUUGGACUCAGGCUUUGAACCACUUGACGCCAUGCUUUCGAAUCCAGCAGAGGAAUCGAAGUCCCACCAACCGGGGCACUCUCUCGAUAUCCCCAAAAUAGACCCAGUUUUAUUUGACCGUUGCGAGGAUGCCAUUUUCUGCGCUGUAUACGCUGUAGCACAGGUCUACUGUGACGGGGAGCUUCUGGAAAGCCUGCUUUACCAAGAUCAGUCUGAACUCGGCGCUCAUGUGGUCCAUUAUCUGGGUGCUGAUCCUGCUAGUCUUGCGCUGGCCGACCCGGGAGGUCGCGGUCUACCUCAAGGACAAGUUUCUUCCGCGUCUACAGCGUGCGAACGAUAUGCGAGAGGACGUAUAGGUUCCUUGCAAUCUUUCUCACGGAUUGUGGAUGCGUUGGACACAGAGACGAGACGUGACCGCAAGAUCUACAUAUUGCAAACCGAGUACACGGAAUGUACGGAGCGGGAGCAUUUCUUCCUGAUGAACCAGGUAGAAGGGCAUGCUAUCCAUGGACGGGACAGCGAAGGCCACUUCUUCGACGACUAUAUUCCUACUUGA